AUGGCCUUCCUAGAUGUCUUCGCACGGUCUGAAGGGUUUAGUACGGCCAUCUUGGCCUUGAUCUCCCCAGUGAUUAUUAUCUUCAUCCAUUUCUGGUCAGACAGUUUUUUACGGGCGCAGAAGCUCAAACGACAGCGUAUCGACGUCCCCAUUAUCAAUCUAAAGGGAGAUGACUAUGACGCCGCUCUCAAGGCAUAUGUCACCGAUGCCAAAAGCUUGCUGCGACGUGGAUACAAGGAAUUCAAACAUGGUAUAUACCAGAUCUGGACCCUUCACGGCUUCACCACGAUUGUUUCACCAGAUUUCUUAGAAGAACUGAGCUCUCUUCCUCCCGGAACUAUAGAUUUCUACGAAGGAACUCGAAAGCGUAUGGUAGGUGACUAUGAGUGGGUGAAGUUAGGAGACCCUUUGGAGGCUCACACGAUUUUGAAAGAUCUGACGCAGAAUAUAGAAUACUUGUUCUCCGAGCUUGGAGAUGAGAUUGACUAUGCUCUGAAAACCGAGCUGCCCGAGUGUAGAGACUGGACCCCCAUAACCAUUCAACCAAAAAUAUUGCGCAUCGUUGCCCUUGUGACGGGCAGAGUAUUCGUCGGCCCUGAGCUCAACCGCAACGAAGAGUGGCUACAUACAUCAAGCAACUUCAUGAUGGAUAUUUAUAUAGCAGGAAGUGCUCUGUAUAAGUACAGCCACUUUAUGCGUCCAUUUGCAGCAAGAUUCCUGGUGCCGGAGAUUCGUAAGGUAUGGUCGCAUCAAGCCACCGCAAAACGUCUAUUUGUCCCAAUCAUGGAGCAGCGAAGAAGCAAUGAAGUGUCAAAACCUGGCUACCAGAAACCGAACGACAUGAUCCAGUGGCUUAUGGAUAAUAAUGCAAAGGAGGAUAAACCUCGCACUUUUGCGGAACUUGCCAACCUGCAUCUACUUGUGUGUUUUGCAGCACUACAUACGUCUACGCUUGCUUUGACACACAUACUCUUUGAUCUUGCCGCACGACCUGAGUAUUUGGAACCUCUUCGAGAGGAGAAGUGUGCCAUAGAGAGGGCUUCUUGCGGUACCUGGUCCAAAUCCAACUACAACAAAAUGGUUAAGAUGGACAGCUUCAUGAAAGAAUCACAAAGACUGAAUCCUCCAAGUUUGUUACUGAAGGAGUUUACGCUCAAAAAUGUGCUCAAGAUCACGCCUGGGACUUACAUCCUUGCCCCCGCUGGCCUUGUAUCCUUAGAUAAUGAUAUCUGGGAAUCCGCAGACGAAUUUCGUGGUUUCCGCUUUUCUGAGCUUCGAUCAAGAAGCAAGGAAGACGCGCACAAAUUCCAAUUCGCUACGAUUACACCCAAUGCUUUACACUUCGGCCACAGUCGCCAAGGUUGUCCCCGCAGAUUCUUUGCCAGUUAUGAGAUUAAAGCCAUUCUAUCUCACAUUAUCGAGAGUUUCGAUAUUAAACUACUGAAUGAGAAGGCGGGGAGACCCGCAAAUAAGAUCACCGGCGCUGCGAUUAAUCCAGAUGAGUCUGUGCAGCUCUUAUUUCGUAAGAGAAGGGCUUAA